GGAUUUAGCAAUGUUUUAGCAUGGUUCACCAAUAAUUGCUGUAUGUUUAAGUCAUCAUAUUCAAACGCGCGUUAUUAGUGUUUAUUUUAACAUGCAAUAACACAGAAGCGACGCGAUAGGCGUCUGUAGACACGAGGCAUAACCAUUGCAGAUUUACGAUUGCUUGUGUAAAUAGGCUACGAAAUUGCUUGUUUGGCGUUUUGCCAUGUGACUUCCGAAUUGAUGGGUUGAUUUGAGAUGAAGGCUAUUUGGCCAACCAAAGGAGUGAUUUGCCGCGAUGCAUGGGCCGGAGAGUAGGGCUACUACUCAUUGCGCGGAGGUUAAAGUUCCCCAUUCCACCGACGCUGACCUUAAUUUGAAAACUUGGGAGAGAGGUAUCCAUGACCCUGGAGCAGCUGUGAGGUCUAAAUUCAGCGAUUAAAUCAGAGAUGGAGAAAUACUUGGAGCCACACGGACUACUUGAGGACAAGAAGUUUGCGAGGGGCGGUUCCGCAAUGCUUGAUCAGUCCGGCCAGGGACAAGUUUCCCCGUAUGGCCUGAACACGAGCGCCUUCCUCCCAGACGUCACCUACCUUCGGACCGGUCUGUGUCGGCCCGUGACACCGGCCAUGGCCCAAAUCAAGUCCGAGCCCGUUGAGUCAGUCCUGUAUCCCAGCUGCCCCAGCUCUCUGGCUUCAGCCGCCCACCACCACCCCGACUACACCAGUCUCUUCAGCCCCGCUUCGGACGCGGGGGGCAACAACAACGUCUUCAUCAAACAGGAGGCUAUUGCCCCUGCUCUCGACUUUCACGACAUCCCUUUGUUUCAGCUUUUGAAUUCGGAACUGGACACGUUUGCACCCGCUAGUGCCCUGUGCGCCGACCCACACGGAAGUCUGUCCUCUUCGAUGUCCACUUUCGGCAGUCUACACCCAGGAGACCAGUCCAUGGCCAGCAAGGCCAUGUGUGGUGGUGUACACAGCAGGGGAUACACACCAUCAGCCAGCCAGUACCCACAGCUCCAGCAGAAGCCAGGAUACCUGCCCCCGUCGCCCCCGAGUUCGGAGCCUGGGAGCCCAGACAGGUGCAAAGACCUGCUCCAGAACCUGUCCCCGCCGCCCUCCUACGCAGCCAGCAUGGCGUCGAAACUGGUAGUGCAGAGUCCCUGCCUCGCGGGCGCAACCAUGACCGCACCCAACCCAGCACCAACGCUUACCCAGGGGAUGCCUAUGAGGUACAACCGCAGGAACAACCCUGAUCUCGACAAGCGACGGAUACAUCACUGUGACAUGCCAGGUUGUAAGAAAGUCUACACAAAGUCAUCCCAUUUGAAAGCUCAUUUGCGGACGCACACGGGAGAGAAGCCGUACAAGUGCUCGUGGGAGGGUUGUGACUGGCGCUUCGCCCGCUCUGACGAGCUGACGCGCCACUUCAGGAAGCACACGGGGGCCAAGCCCUUCCAGUGCUCCGUCUGCAGCCGCAGCUUCUCGCGCUCCGACCACCUGGCCCUCCACAUGAAGAGACACCAGAACUAGCACCACUGCCCCUCUCGCUUUUAAUUAAUCUACAGGUGGAUGGGGGUGGGAUCGGGCGUAGCUAGUUCCGCAGGUACGAAGGCCCCAGCAGUAGGUGUCCGCAGCGUAGCGUGAACAUUGACUGGGGGGACAAAUUGUUGACAGUGCUGGCUGUUAUGUUGGCUGUGAUCCACUCCAAGGCGGACUUUGCCUGCUUGAGGUCCUUCGGGUGUGCCAGGGCUUGUCGUGGAAGCUCUUUGUGGAUUGUUGCCUACACUGGGAUAUUCACUGUUCAACAGGAACCAUAUGCUUAUCAUGAUUUUCUGCCAUGUCUGUUUGGUUUUUUUGAAGCUCCAUUAUGACUUGUCAUUGGCUCUCCGUAUUAGGCUGUAGUACUCGCCCACUCAUGUUCAUGUGUUUCAUUAAUAUUUAAAUGUGCCUUUUGAUAAAGACAUCUGGCCUUACAUUAAUGUUUAGUUUGUUACAAAUUAUUCAUUUUUAUCUUAUUGUCAGCUGUACAUUUCUGAGUUAAGUCAGCCAUUAUGUGUAAAGCCAACAGCUGGGGGUGGGUCUAAAAGAGGUGUGUAUGUGUGCAGUCUAACUAAUCUUUCCUUCUGAAUGGAACUUUCAUCUUGUAUCAUUCAUCCUGCUUUCUGAAUUCAUCCUUUCAUUUCUAAUGAGAGUACAACCCUCAUUUGGGAAUGACCGUGAACUAUAAAAAGGUCUUCCAUGGAUGAACAAAUUAACAUCACCACCCAAGAAGCAACCUUAGACUCGGACCAUUAAAUCACAAAUUCCAUAUUAACCACUCUGUUGCCGCUGCAUUUGGCCUUUGGUACCAAAGAGUGAACUUGAUCAUCUUCCCAUGUCUGAGUUUAUUUUAAUAUUUCAGCCACUUAGCACGUGUCCGCAUACUCAAGUAAUGGACUGAACUAACAUAUCGUAUACCUAGUACCACACUAGGAGUGAUUGAAACAGUUCUCAUAAUAUUUUCUCUCAUUGUUCCCUCAUGUUUGAUGGGAACACUGUUCACAUGAAGAGGUCUGGCUGUUGCGUUACUUAACUCGUAAUCAAGCUAUCAGAGGCCUUUCCUUAGCCACUUUCAGUAGUGUGCAUACGGUGUGACAGUGCAUGUGUUCCCUGGCCAAUUAAUGCCCAUGACCUUCACGUGUUCAGUCCUGCCCAGAUGGCCCUCGACUCUGGUACUGAUCUGGCCCGUAUCAGCCAGUAGUACCCGCAAAUCCAAAUCCAUCGACAUCUCGAUGCCGACCACCCAGAAGGUCUGAGAGUAUGAGCAUAUGUGGGAUUGACUAGAAUUGAAUGUGUACAUUUCAGGAUUUUGACCCUCAGUUGUUGCUAGGCAGAUGAGACCAGACUUGUUCCAACAUAGCAAUUGUUUGGCCUCCCAUUGGAUGACAUGGCUGCAGACAACCUCCAUAUCACAACCCAGUGUGCUGUUCUGUUGAAAAUAUUUUUUCUUUUUCAGUUUCUGUUAUGCCACAUGUAUGUUUCAGAAGGCAGAGAAUACCCUCAAGUCCUUUGUUACAUUUAAAAGAUAGAAUACACUGCAAUACAGCCAAUAGUCACUAUCAACAUACCGCUUCAUUUACAUAGAAAGAUAUAUAGAAAAUAGUGUAGAUUUUCUAAGGUUUAUUUUUACUUAUUGCUAAAGUUUAUGAAAUGUGUCUUUCUCAAAGCCAGUCUUUUAGUUUUACACCAAUGUACUAAGUGUAAAGUUAUUAGACUGAUGCUCAGGUAGAUGAUUGGUUGUAUCAUCUGCAAAAAUAUGUUAUUUUAGGUGCUUUAAAUUGUUUUAGGUGUAAAUAUAAUAAUGUAUUUAUUUUAUUUUUUAUUAUGUAUGGGCUGCCAUUUUCUAUUCUGCAAAAACCAUGUUGUGAUUUCUACUAAACUCAUAAUGUCUGCCUUGGUGAGAUGCCUUUUGCAAAAAAAAAAAAAAAUAAGAAGACAGUGGUUUUGGCAUAUUGGUUUUGGCAGAGGAACAAAUAGCUGAUUGUUUAUGUCAUCCUGUGAGUGUGAAUACUAAAAGUGUGUACUCUC